AUGGAUCUAUGGUCGAAACCUCUCACCGUCGUUGUGUUCAACCCCCAGUCAAUCAUCCAAAAUUCGAAAUCUGAAUUUCGAAUCGAAUGCUCAGGGAGGUCCGAUGCCGAUGUCAUACUCGUAUACAUGUUGCGUAUGUCCAAGAUUAUGGGAGUCACGGAAUCACAAUUGUCUAGAAAAAUACCUACAUAUGCACCGAUAGACGUACCUCAACAUGAGGGUCUCCCGGAGUGGGCUCUCCAGUAUUGGCUAGCCGGACUUCAAGAUGACUUGGACGUAACCGGAGAAGCUGAGAGAUCCAACGUCGACCAAUUUUUAAGGAGCAUUCUUCUACCUCCCGACUGGGACGGAGGGCCCAAGACACUUGUUGUAGGCAUCGAUAUCCCAGUAUUAUAUGGACUGUAUAGCGUUCCAUUGGGAGAUAACGACCCUUUACUAAUAUGGCAUUUAUUCAACUUUGCACAUCUAGUCGCAUUGCCAAAGGAGAAGCCCUCCACAGAUAGUAGUGCUACUGCGGGCACCUUAAUGGCCGGGUCGAAUCCUGUAGCAUCGCAAGUGGUGCUGAAAAUGGAUAGUUCUUCCCGCCUACUCCAUGUCGCCCGCUCUUUUGUCUCUGGGAUGGAAUCCUCUAUCACAGAGGGUGAGUACGCCAACUCUGACUAUGACUCCGAAUAUGAGCCCGACUCGGAUACACUCCGUCAUCUGUCGGUGGACGACAAUGAUGGCGAAGCACCGUUAGAUGAUGCGACAACUUCACCAAAGGAGGAUGAACUCCUAAUAAGCAAAGCAAACAAUGAAACAGAUGAGGAUGCGAUGUUCUCCACACGUCUUGAUGACGAGGCCUUGUCUGGCCCAUCCGUGUCUCUGGACAUUGGCACGACUAUCAAGGAUGUGGACAUUGGCACUGCUAUCAAGGAUGAUACCCUUAUCGUUCAAGAGAGCCAAGAUGGAGAAACAGAAGGCAACUCGUUGGAAGAAGAUGUUGAUAGGGACACAGAAGGCAGUCACUCGGAUGCAAGUGUCGACGAUUCACCCGAGAAUGCUCACAAUGACCCUGAACUUCAAAUUGAAUCUUCCGAGACAAAGGGACUGCAGAAAAGGAAGAAGAAGAAGAAGUUAGCACAGGUACAAACAUCAUCGGCGGAGGUGAAGGUUAAAAUGAGCAAGAAAGCUCAACGGAAAGCCAGGAAGAAACAAAAGGCGCUUCAAUUACAAGAAGAAGAACAGACUUCUUUCCGCUCUUCUCUUGCAGAGUCCUUGGGCACCACAUCAUCGAGCAUGUCUCCAGAAGUUCUACAAAUAAUACAUGGGAUUCAAAGAAGACUCGAUGUUGUUUUGCAGGACAACACGGAGGUCAAAAGCAACUUCAAGACUGUUCAGAAUGAAUUGCAGAUUGCUCGGAAGGAGAAAACGGAGGUCACAAGCAAAUUCAAGGCUUUUCAGACUGAAUUACAGAUCGUUCGGAAGGAGAACACGGAGUUCAAAAGCAAAUUCAAGGCUGUUCAGAUUGAAUUGCAGAUCGUUCGGAAGGAGAACACGGAGCUCAAACAGGAGAACAAGGCACUCACAGGUAACCUUCAAACUCUGCAGGAGAAAUUCGAGAAGGAGGUGUCCAAAAAUAAAGUAUUAGCAAAUAAGGUCGAACAUAAUGAAGCGACAUUUGGACAGGAUAUAAAUGACAUGAUGCAAUAUCUUACGUCGAAGGAUUCCAUAUUCAUGAACCGAAUACGUCGAAGGCGCAUCAUCGAGGAGGCACAGAUUUCCCUUGCCCGGAUGCUUGCUCUUCCGCGACCAGAUGGUCAAUCCUACUACACUGCCUCGUUGUGGAAAUUAUAUCUUUCGAGUCAGAUCAGCGUCACUGGUCCUACGGCGUCCAACAUCAUUGAUAAUCAGCGGUGUCAGGCUGCACAAAAAAUAUUGACCGAUUUUGUUUCGAACGCAAAACCUGGUCAUCAGGCUGACCUAAAAUGGAUACAACGUCUGUGCGGCAACACCUUUGCCAUGCAAUUAAUUUCCCAUCGAACAAAUGUGUUCACGAAUGUAGGGAACUCUGCCGCACAUCCCUCCUUCAAAUCAGAGGACUGGGUGGCAUUGCUUGAUGCUAUGUAUCAGCAGGAGGAAAUCACAUUGGUGCAGAAAAAGGGUUUCUGUGUACUUCUUAACAUUGAGGACUCGGAGGAGCAUUAA